AUGAACCAGGGAGAUGAUUCAGAUACAGGUCCUAUUGGAAACCAGAAUCAGUGGAAAAAAGCUGAAAAUGUUGCAAGAAAUUUAGGCUUCGAUAGUUUUUUCAUAAAAGAUGCUGUUGGAUUUUCUAGGGGGAUCUGGAUUUUAUGGUUUAAAAAUUUGACUAAUAUACAUAUUAUAGAGGAGAACUACCAAUAUGUUCACACCAAAAUUUUUUGGCUAAGUUCUAGGGUGGAGAAAUUUUUUACUUUCAUCUAUGGAAGUCGUAGGAGAGCUGAGAGAAGGUUUCUUUGGGAUAGUUUGAAGAGGUUUGCUGUAAAUGGUGGAGGUAAAUGGGCUGCUAUGGGAGACUUCAAUGCUUAUUUAGAGGCAGGGGAGAAACAUGGAGGAGCUGGGGCUUGUUGGGACAGCAUGAAGGACAUUGAUGAUUGCCUCAGUGCAAGUGGUCUAUCUGAUUUAGGAUUUUCUGGUCUUAAGUUUAACUGGAGGAGGGGAACCUUGCGAGAAAGGAUUGACAGAAUUGUGGUGAAUGAAGAAUGGCAUAGAAGCUUUCCUGAUAGGUAUAUGGUUCACCUUCAAUUCUAUGGAUCGGAUCAUAGACCUAUAGUUUUAAAAGAUGGAAAUGGUUGUAGAAACACUGAUGGUCCCAAACCAUUCAGGUUCCUGGCAGCCUGGUUGACCAAUACAAGCUUUAGGGAGGUGGUGGAGAAUUGUUGGAGUAAGGAGGCUGAAUGGAUUCCUGCAAAAAACAAAUUUCAUAAGGAAGCUACUAGUUGGCAUCAGGACAGAUUUAAGGAGGAUCAGAAAAAGAAAUUCCAGAUUCAAAGAAGGCUCAGGGGGGUGGAUAACCAGCUUAAUAGAGGGCCAAAUGAAGCAAUUGAGAGACUACAUAGAGAACUGUGGAAUUCUAGAUUCUUCCAUGCAGCCACUGUAUCCAAGAAUAGAAGGAAUAAAGUUACAACUCUAAAAAAGGAAGAUGGAGUUUGGGUGGAUGACCCAGAGGAACUCAAAUUAAUGGCUAUUAAUUUUUUCAAGAAUAUGUAUGUGGAGGAAAACCAGUGUAUCUCGAAGCUCUGCAUUGGGAAUAGGUUCCCAGUGAUCGAUAAUGAUAGUUGGAGAAAGAUUGGAAGGUGCCAAAAGAAUGAUGAAGAAAAGAGCAUUAUCUACAAAAUGCAUCCUUACAAAGCUUCUGGAGUUGAUGGGCUUCAUGCCAUAUUCAUACAAUCUCAAUGGGAUAGUGUGGGAAGCUCUGUAAUGAAUCUGAUUAGGGAAAUUUUCGAAGACCCAAAGAGAGUAGCUAGCAUUAAUCAGACACUAAUCUGCUUGAUUCCUAAGGUGGAGAAUCCGGAGAUGAUAAGCCAGUUUAGACCAAUCAGUCUAUGCAAUAUAGUGUAUAAAGUAAUCACCAAGGUGAUAGCUUCAAGAUUGAAAAAUCAUAUCAGCUCUUUAAUAAUGUCUAACCAGUGUAGCUUUGUCAAAGGAAGGCAUGCUUCGGAUAACAUCAUCAUUAGCCAAGAGAUAUUUCACUCCAUGAGGACAAAGAAGGGCUAA